UCUCUUUUUUUGGCCCCAUAAGAACCAGUCUCAAUGUCGGGGUCAAGCCAGGGAACACAAACUUAGGCCGAUAUUUUUAGGGAUAGAAAGGUGUGACCGGGUAGAAUGGGGAGGAGGGGGAAGAGAAGGGAGGGAGGAGGGGAGGCAGACACAGGGGCAUAGGAUGGAAGUUGGCUGCUGUUCCUCUGCCCUCCGGCUCCUGACUAAUUUAGGCAAAAGGCUACCUUACCGAAGCUAUUUGCAGCCUGCGAAACAGGUGCUCCCCCCACACCCCCAGCUUGGGGUACUUCCUCCCCUGGGGCAGCCUCCAGGCUGCCCAAACCUAUAAAGGCUUAGGGCUUUGUCAAUGAGGCCGGAACUCCCCCAAGCAGCAUUCUGCAGGUCAGGACCAGGUCACGACUAGUCCCCAGCAUGAAGGUCAUCGUGGGCAUUGGAGGCAUGACCAACGGCGGGAAGAGCACCUUGACCAACCGCCUCCACAAAGCGCUACCCAACUGCUGCGUGAUCCACCAGGAUGACUUCUUCAAGCCCCAGGACCAAAUAGCGGUUGGGGAGGACGGCUUCAAACAGUGGGACGUGCUCGAGUCCCUGGAUAUGGAGGCCAUGCUCAGCACAGUGCGCGCCUGGGUGAAGGACCCAUGCAAGUUCGCGCGCGCUCACGGCGUCAGCCUCCAGCCCAGCGCCUCGGACACCCACAUUCUCCUCCUGGACGGCUUCCUACUGUACAGCUACAAGCCCCUGGUGGACAUGUACAGCCAUCGCUACUUUCUGACUGUCCCGUAUGAGGAAUGCAAGCGGAGGAGGAGGUGGGUUGCAGGGACAGGGGAUGUCCGUGGGGCACAGUCCCGGGAGCCCACCCCACCCUUUCCCACGCAUCUCAGGCUCAGCUCAGUGGUGGGAAGGUGUGGAAGUCGGGGUCCCCCACCCAAGGUCUGUGGAGCACCGCCCUGCACUAACAGUCCCGCUGCCUCUUUCUCUCACUCCAGUAACCGUAGUUACAUGGUCCCUGAUCCCCCUGGCCUCUUUGAUGGUCACGUGUGGCCCAUGUACCAGAAGUAUAAACGGGAGAUGGAGCAGGACGGAGUGGAAGUGGGUAAGCCUGGGAGUCGCCCGAGUCUCACCCCCAGUCUCCCUGGGGUCCGAAGAGUGCACGGCCCCACCCCACCUGCGGCCCAGCCCUGACACAGGUCUUUUCCGGUUCCAGUCUAUUUAGACGGCACGAAGUCCCGUGAGGAACUCUUCAGGCAGGUUCUGGAGGACGUUCAAAACAGGCUGCUGAACCGGUCCUAGCAACUGCGGACAUCAUCUGGUGUGAGGCGCAGACCGGGCUGGGCGCCGUGGUGUUCCCCUGGGGGGACCUGUACACAGGAGGGGUGUCCCCCCCACACUGAGCCACGGCAGCAACUCACCAUUAAACUGAACUGUGUUUUUUAACCUCUGGUGCCUUGUGGUCUCCAUGAAUAGAUGAACCCACCCUCCCUCCAGCGCUAUUCGCUGGCCCGAGGUUGACGCCAAGAGCACUGGACACUGUCAGCCUCAACCUUGCUAACGUGCCUCAUUUUCCCCAACGGAGACAUUUUCUAUGAACUUGAAGAGGGAAAUUAUUGCCCCUAAUCUAGACAGGCACAGAGAGGUCACACAGCAAGGUUAGGUAUGUUCAGCCAAGACUGAAGGUUGAGAGUCUAGAGUUCUUGAGGGAGUCCUGAGACCUUCAGUCUCCCAUCCGAGCCUCCCUCCACCCUGUUCUAGCACCAAAGCCAAUUCUCACUUUGUAAGAUUAUCCAGAAUCUCCCACGGUAGCCCCAAAGCACACACCGACUGGUCUGGGACCUAUCAAUCAGACACCUCCUGAGCCAUGGUGGCAGCCUGAGGGUGACGUUUUAUUAUUUGUGUGCACUUCAUGAAAGGGAAAACCGAGGCUCAGAGCAUCCUGCUGACGCUGGGAUGUGAAUGUGUGGGGGAGGAGGCUGCAGAGUCCAUUAAUUGGCCUGAGUGCGACACCUCAUGGUCAUCUGUGGUAUCCCAAUUACAUAUAGGAAAUAAUGUGACAGUGGAUGGAUGGGUGGGUGGAUGGGUGGAUGGGUGGAUGGGUAGAUGGGUGGGUGGAUGGAUGGAUGGGUGGGUGGGUGGGUGGAUGGAUGGGUGGGUGGGUGGGUGGAUGGAUGGGUGGGUGGAUGGAUGGAUGGAUGGAUGGAUGGGUGUGUGGGUACUCUAUUAAACAGCAACUCUGAGGUCUCUGACUACAUGAAGCUCUGUCUGAUAAUAAAAUAAUAUAAAUGCAAUAAAAUAAAUUGUGAAUUCAAAUUUCUUUUCCUGUGAAUUCCAAUUUAUUUUUCCUUUUUGUGGGGGGGUUGAAAGGGGGUUUCUCUGUGUAAACCUGGCUAUCCUGGAACUCCCUCUGUAGAUGAGGCUAGCCUCUAACAGAGAUCCACCUGCCUCUGCCUCCUAAAUGCUGGGAUUAAAGGUGUGUGCCAACACUGCCUGGCUUUUGAAUUCCAUUUUCUUUUCUUUUUCUUUUUUUUUUUUUUUU